AUGGCGAGGAAGGACGAGGGCUGUAAGGUGAUGACUAUUGGCUCGGGCAAGGUGUUCGCCACCACGGGUUACGGCAUCGCCCUGCAUAAGAACACCCGCUGGAAACGGCCCGUGGACUUGGCCCUACUGCAGCUGGUGGGAGACGGUGAGGAGAGAGAGAGUGGGGGAGAGAUGGACGAGGGAGAGAGGGAUUGGGGACAGGCAGGAGAAGUUGAUAAAUGUGCUGGCUUGUUAGUGGCAGGCUGGCAGCAUCAAUCUAUGUCUCUGCUUUUGGUGGUGGAUUGAAGUGAGAGAAAAAAUACACUUUCCUGCAGUACCUACUGCUUAUUUCAGUUGAAUGCUGUACGUAUUCACGGUUUUACAGUUUGUCCUACAUACUGUACAUUUUACAGUAGACCUACAUACCACAGGUAACUGCCAAAAUAAAGGAAACACCAACAUAAAGUGUCUUAAUAGGGCGUUGGGCCACCACGAGCCAGAACAUCUUCAAUGCACCUUGGCAUAGAUUCUACAAAAGUCUGGAACUCUAUUGGAGGGAUGCGACACCAUUCUUCCAUGACAAAUUCCAUCAUUUGGUGUUUUGUUGAUGGUGGUGGAAAACUCUGUCUCAGGCGCCACUCCAGAAUCUCCCAUAAGUGUUCAAAUGGGUUGAGAUCUGGUGACUGAGACGGCCAUGGCAUAUGGUUUACAUCGUUUUCAUGCUCAACAAACCAUUCAGUGACCACUCGUGCCCUGUGGAUGGGGGCAUAGCCAUGGUAGCCAAAAUAAUGGCCUGUCCAGCAUUUUUAUGCCUGACCCUAAGCAUGAUGGGAUGUUUAUUCCUUAAUUAACUCAAGAACCAUACCUGUGUGGAAGCACCUGCUUUCAAAAUACUUUGUAUCCCUCAUAUACUCAAGUGUCCAUUAUUUUGGCAGUUACCUGUAUGUCUUACAGUAGGCCUACAUGCUCUGUUUUACAGAAGGCUUAUCAUACUGUAAAACAGUAAAUUAAUGUUGAAUGUUGGAUUUAUUAGGGGUGGUUGUGACCCAGAUUAAACCUUAACAUGGACUGCAAUGGUGAUUCUCUAGUUAACCUUUAGUCCUUGAGUACUGUAGGCUUAAUCUGGGUCUGUGCAACCACCCCAGAAUGUUUCACUAAUCCUUACAUCAUAAGAGGUCUUAAAGAUUCCAUAAAUGUAUUAUCCAGUACUGUAUCAUACUUACUUUGUAUUGUUAAUGUUACAAUUGGUAUUCCUAUUAUGGGACUUUUUCUUUCUAAUACUUUUUUUUCUGUCACUCAUUUGCUCUGGUUCUGUGAUUAAAAGGUGGGGUUAUUCCUUCGCUAGUGCUGAGGAUGUUGCAGCUCUGUCUCAGUUGAGCGGUCUUUGUAAAGAUCUUAAAGCAGCUUUAUGAAGCCCUGGGUUCAGCUGCUGUCAUGAUUUAGGAUUGAAUGUGAGAGCGGGGACGGAGGUGCUUAUUGAAAUAUGAUGAAUGAGAUUAGGAGUCUGCCACAGUUUAUGAUCAUGCAAAUUAGGAUCCAUUGUUGAAAACACAAUUGUCAGUUAAGUAUAGUGAUUUUCGUGAACCAACACUUGCACUUGUUUAUUGAGGAGAAAUGUACUUACUAUGACGGAGAUAUGUGGUUGUCCCACCUAGCUAUUUUAAGACGAUUUGCUCUAACUGUAAAUCGCUCUGGAUAAGAGCAUCUGCUAAAUGACUCAAAUGUAAAUGUAAAAAAUGUAAUCAGAGAGAUCACUUUAACUCUCUGACUGUGAAUUCUUAGCUACACAUUCUUGGAAGAAUAUUUUUGUUAGGUAGAUUCCUUUUUAUUGAGUUUUAUUGGAGUGGAUUAUGACAUUCCAGUCAACAUGGUUAAUUCCUGUUUUUCUAAUCCAUGUAGCUUGGGCUUUACAAUGGGAUUUCCCACAAGGGGCAAUUAACCUAAGGUUAAUAUAGUUUAAUGUUUCAGUGUUAUAACUCUGAUGAACUAGGAUUUUAAAACGUCCUUUAAGUAGCUACUCUUGCAAUGCAGAGGGCUUUAGCCGACAGAGGUGGCUGCCAUUUCAAUAUGUGCUCUCCGCUGAGCACAAGCUCUGGGUUUUCCUCAAUUUUUCCUUCACAGUGUUACAGUUGUUUUUGAUAAGGUACUAAUGGUUAGUGUCGGGAGUCCUAUCAGUGUCCACUACCUUUCAUCUUGAAGCAUUGUUGGGGUCACUCUUAGCACCGGAGACUCUGUAUCCAGGCCAUUUCAGACCUCCAUCAAAGAUGUACUAUUUCUCUCUCUCCCCCUCUCUUGCUCUCUCUUACUCUCUCUCCCCCUCUCUCUUGCUCUCUCGAUCUCUGUCUCUCUCUCUCUCUUGCUCUCUCUCUCUCUCUCUCUCUCUCACUCUCCCUCCCUCUCUCUCUUCUCUCUCUCUCUCUCUCUCUCUCUCUGUCUCUCCUCUCUCUCUCUCUCUCUCUCUCUCGCUCUCUGUCUCUCUUUCACUCUCCCUCCCUCUCUCUCUCUCUCUCUCUCUCUCUCUCUCUCUCACACACACAGGCUCACUCUCUCUCAUUCUCGCUUUGACCCCCGCCCACACUAUGUUCGCCAUUUGCAGUUUUUCUUUGCCAUCAUACAACAGCUCUGAGCCAGACACACUUUCUUCCCUCUUCCUCUUUCUUACCGCUCAAACUAUUACCUUCCCAGCUUCCCCCUUUCAGGUAUAAAACACUUCCUGUCUCAUAACAAAGGCAGAUAAUCCCUUCUCAUUGUUUUUUAUUUCCCUCCCGUCCCCUCUUCUCCCACCGCCAGACGAGAUCGACAUGCUCGAGCGCCUGUGGCUUUCGGGGAUCUGUCACAACGACAAGAUAGAGGUGAUGAGCUCCAAGCUGGACAUCGACAACAUGGCGGGCGUCUUCUACAUGCUGCUGGUGGCCAUGGGGCUCAGUCUGCUGGUGUUCGCCUGGGAGCACCUUGUGUACUGGAAGAUCAGGCACUGCCUGGGCCGCUCCGGGGGCAUGGACUUCCUACUGGCCCUCAGCAGGGUGAGUCACUGACUGAGUGGUGGUAGUAGUGGUGGUGAUACCCCUGCUGGUGGUAGUGGUGGUGGUAGUGGUAGUGGUGGUGGUGGUACCCCUGCUGGUGGUAGUGGUGGUGGUAGUGGUGGUGGUAGUAGUGGUGGUGGUACCCCUGCUGGUGGUAGUGGUGGUGGUGGUGGUGGUGGUACCCCUGCUGGUGGUAGUGGUGGUGGUAGUGGUGGUGGUAGUAGUGGUGGUGGUACCCCUGCUGGUGGUAGUGGUGGUAGUGGUGGUGGUAGUGGUGGUAGUGGUGGUGGUAGUGGUGGUGGUGAUAGUGGUGGUGGUGGUAGUGGUGGUGGUGGUGGUAGUGGUGGUGGUAGUGGUGGUAGUGGUGGUGGUAGUUGUGGUGGUGGUGGUAGUGGUGGUGGUAGUGGUAGUAGUGGUGGUGGUAGUGAUGCCUCCUGGUGGUGGCGGAAGGGAAAGGGCUCGGUGCAUCAAUGCAUCACAGGCUAUGUUUAGGCAGUACUGUUCAAAAGGUAGGUCCUUGUAUCAAAAUAUUCACGUACACGGUGACCUCGUUUUAAUUUGACCUAUUUAAAAUUGAGCUUAAUUUUCUCUCAGAUUUCAGAUGACAUUGUGUAACAUCAAGUGUUUUCAUACUGCUGCAUUCUACGUUGGUGUUCCGGGAUAUGUCCGACCGUGACUCCCGCUUUCAAUUUCACAGAAUGUUGAUUCAUGUGCUUAACGGACUGUGUUGAUUCAUGUCCAUCAGAUUUGCCCCCACCCUGAUAAUUGUGAUUUAGUGGGAUGAAUCUUGUUUUUCAUAAGACGUAUUGGUAUUGAAUGAAUCACCUUCAAGUAAAGGUGAUAAAGCUGUUAUGAUUUACAUGGCCCCACCAUUCAACGCACUUAACCGAUAAUUGUAGCCUGUCAGUCUUUUAAGGCAGUAAAUUACUUAGUAUUAAACCUGUAUUAGACCUGUCACAAGUUCCUCAUUAGUAUUUUGUGGUCAGUUUCCACCUCUCCCAGAGUACAGAGUAGAGAGAGAUUGCCUAGAGUGGCAUCCGCCAUAUUCAUGGAAAGUCACAUUGUAUGCUAGAGGGGAGAGAAAGGACAGAUUAUUCAAUCAAUCAAAUGUAUUUAUAAAGCCAUUUUUACAUCAGGAGAUAUCAAGUGCCUAUUCUUUUUUUAAAGAGUAAGUUCUGAGUACGCAGCACACUAGGUGGUAGUUUAAAAAGAUACAUUGAACUGAAGCUUGAGUGCACUGUAAAUGCAGACACUGAGGUACGUCUAUGGGGACACAUUUCUGCUACAUUUCUGCCACAACAUAUGUACAUAUGUAACGAGACUUAAGUAUCAAUAUUCUCAUCAAGGGAUACUGGGAUGUGUAGUUUGCUAGCUGUAUCCUAAUUAGCUUUCCCUUCUAUCUCUACCCAGGGUAUGUACAGUUGCUGCAAGUUUGAAGAUGAAACCAUCUCUGGAGGCCUCAAAAACACACUUCCCCUAUAUCAUAGUGUUCCCACAAUGCCGCCUCCACCCCAAUCCCACAUCUCAGCGGCUGUAACCUGUAACACUACCCUUGCCAUGGUGCAGCAGCAGCAGAUGCAUCAUCACCAGCAGCAACAGCAGCAGCAGCAACAGCAGCAAGCAUACAGCAUGCUUCCUGCUGCAUCUCCACCAACUACUGGGCACUCUGCAAUGGCCCUUGGGCCAUCAAACAGUCCCCUUUUGGAGGGUCCUAUGCCGUGCUCCACUUUUCUGCCUCGCCAUGACCGCAGAUUGGCUGUUGUAGACCGCUGGAACCGUCCCAAGCCCAGCACGGACAAACCUAUUGGUGGCAGCGGUGGGAUCCCAGACAUGGCACAGUUUCAACAGGGCUUGCACCCUCAUUGGGCUGGGGGAGCCAGUGGAGGGGACGGUGGCCUGGAUGAAUACAAGCGAUACUAUGGCCCGAUCGAUCCAGAAGGCUUAGGGGCAAAUGCUGACCCACAAACAGGUGGAUCUCAAACCCCCAAAACGAACCAGAGGGGGACAAAGUCCUCAGGAAUGCCAUGGCUACCUUCUAAAGGACCGCCCCCUUGGCACUUCAUGUCUAAGCCCCCUCUACCGCUCCCCUCAUCCCCACAUCGGCCGCCAUUUUGGAGAAGAGGCAGCCUCCCUAAAAGAAAGGGCUCCGGGGGGCCUCUGUAUGAGAACAUCCUCCCCCUGGGGAGAAGAGGGGGAGGGCGAUACGGCGCAAGGGAUGGAGGUGGCAGGCAAGGCCGUCGCCCUCCCCCACUCCCAUUGCCUGUCCCUGUCUCGUCCCCUGCCCACACUACCCCUACCACUCCCUCUCACUCCGCCCUCUACACCUCCAGCUCCUGCUCCUCCACCUCAUCCAGUUCAUCCUCGUCCUCAUCCUCCAUCUCCCUCUCACGCUCCAACUCACCCUCAUCCUCCAACACCUCAUACACAUCGUCCCAGAGUUUUAAGUACAGGGCUGGCAGUAGGGAUGUCGAGGACGUCUAUGACUCUGAUGAGCUGACAGAGGAGUCUAGCCUCCUGCUAGGACGGAGCAAGGGCAAAUCCCGACGCAUGUCCUCUCGCUCACUGCCUUGCAGUCCACCCCCUCCGCCUGUACCACCCCGCAAGCCUCGUCUACAGUAUGAGAGAGAGAGGGCUGGGAGCCAGCUAGCCCAGCUGCAGGAGUGGUGGACCUCCUGGGGCGAGAGAGAAAGACGUAGAGGAACAGGAACCAGGGCUGAGGGGAAGGAGGAGAAACGACAUCACAAAGAGAGAGAAAGGGAGAGAAAGAGAAGGAAGAAAGGCCGGAAGAAAAAAAAGAGAGAGGAAAAGGAGAGAGGGCGGGAGCGCAAGCGGCGUAAAGUGAAGAAGAAGAGGAAGAAAGAGGAGAAGGUGAAGAGAAGAGAUCGGGGCAAGCGAUCAGAGCACGAGGAGGGAGAUGGUGAGAAGGGAGAGCAGCUCAAAGCGAUAACACAAGAGGCCUACUCCUCCUACUCUGUUCCGAGGCGUGACUCAAUGCGGAAAAAGAGUGAAAGUUCUAUCAGAAGUUAUGGAUGGGAUAUUCCAAGGGAUGAAGAGAGGAGAGAGAGAGAGAGAGAGGAUAAGGAAAGAGAUGAUGGAGACGACAUUAGAGGCAAGGAAAGGCACAUACGUCCUCACUCUCGCCACAGGCAUGCAGGUAGGCCUUCUAGUUCCAGCAAGCAGUACCAGAGCUCCAGUAAACCCUCAACCUCUGUCAAAUUCUGGGGAGCGGGAAACCCAUCCUCAGAGACUCCUUCAUCUGCAUUUCUACCACUGAUCCCUUUCUCAUCCAGGUGCAGGAGUAAGGGUUCAGAUAGAGAGGCCCUACGGAAAGAAGGGGAGAAGCGCCCCCUGUUGGGCAGGAACGAGAGAGUGGAGGUUCACUCCAAAGAAGGUCUGUCGUUUCAUGAGUGGGAUUCCGAAGAUGAGGAUGACGAUUCCGAGGAGCAAAGGAGAAAAGUGGAGCAAGAGAAGAGACACGAAAGAAGAAGAAGGACCGCAUCAGAGUCCGAAAGAGAACGCGAUAAGGUGGUCGGCAUCUAUUCAGACGACGACGGCUCCUCGGGAGAAUUUGGAAAGUUCGAAAGGUACUGGGAGGGUCAUGAGGGUAGAGCGGUUGGGGGCAUAGGAGGGGGAGGUUGGUUUUUCGACACUUAUCCCGCCAGAGAAAAAGCCGGCAGCAUAAACAGUAGGGAUGACUCGUUAUUGAGGCAUGGGGAGGGAUGGGGGGGAGCAGAGAUAGCAGGGGAAGGUAGCUGGGGAUCAGGUGGAGCCUGGGGUUCAGGGAGGAUAGGUGGUACACAAUGGCCUCCACCUCCAUUGACACCACCAGCUCCUCGAAGAUACUGGUCCGUGGACAAGCUUCCCGUGAAGGAGGAGAAGAAAGGGAAAAGGAAGGACAAAGGGCGAGGUUAUGUGGCUUGCAACUGCCAAUCUGCCCUCGAACAUGAACACGCUCACUCGAAAUGGGCCAGGGUGAGCUCUCGUAGCCAGGAGGAGCUAUUUCUACACUGUCAACGUUUCGGGAGCAGCGCCAAUUCCAAACGGCAUUCCUCCAAGCCCGACCGGACCCAGAAUCAACCCAAAUCGGGAAGCCAGUCCAAUCUCAGCAUCCAGCGAACACAGCGGACGGACCGCAUUCGGCAGCCCUCUACAUCGCAGGCCCUCAUCCCCUCCCUCCCUCCACCAACACUCCCAGCCCUUCCUGCCCCUCUCUCUGCAUCCCAUCCCAUCCACGUCCCUCUUCCCACCUCUUCCUCUUCGGUCUCAUCUCCCUCUGUAGUAUCUUCCACCCCAGGCGCCCCCCAGCCGUCUUCUAUGGCUUCUGCUAGUGCCAAACUCCUGUACCAGAGACUGCGCUCAGUACCCCAGCCCCAAAGGUUACAGUCACCUCACCUGCCCCUCAAGGCCAAGAGCCUCUGCUCACGGAGGGGGUCCGCACACUUCUCCAGUGUGGAGAGCGAGGUGUGA